CUGGCGCAGACUACUUCUACCUCGCUCUCACGCCCUCUUUCUUCUCUUCCUCUUCGUACUAAACCAGCAUACCUCCCGCCUGAUUCUACCCUGCCCAUUCGAAAUUGAGCAUCGCAGAUAAACCUCAAAGCCAUCACCUCUCCAACCCAUUUUCUUUAAACCGAAACACACAAACAUCGUCAAAAUGGUCAAGGCCGUUGUUGCUGGCGCCUCUGGCGGUAUUGGACAGCCUCUGUCCCUCCUCCUCAAGCUCUCUCCUCUCGUCGACGAGCUUGCCCUCUACGAUGUCGUCAACACUCCCGGUGUUGCCACCGAUCUUUCCCACAUCUCAUCCGUCGCGAAGACCACCGGCUACCUGCCCAAGGAUGACGGUGCUAAGGCCGCCUUUAAGGAUGCCGACAUCAUUGUCAUCCCUGCUGGAAUUCCCCGCAAGCCCGGCAUGACCCGUGAUGACCUCUUCAACAUCAACGCUGGAAUCGUCAAGGGCCUGAUCGAGGUCGCCGCCGAGGUCGCCCCCAAGGCAUUCAUCCUUGUCAUCUCCAACCCCGUCAACUCUACCGUCCCCAUUUCCGCCGAGGUCCUCAAGGCCAAGGGUGUUUUCAACCCCCAGCGCCUCUUUGGUGUUACCACCCUCGACAUCGUCAGAGCCGAGACCUUUGUUGCUGAGAUCUCGGGCAAGUCAAAGCCCCAUGAGCUGAACGUCCCCGUCAUUGGCGGCCACUCUGGCGAGACCAUCGUUCCCCUGUUCAGUCAAGUCCAGCCCUCCGUCUCUAUCCCCGACGACAAGUACGAUGCUCUUGUCAACCGCGUCCAGUUCGGCGGUGACGAGGUCGUCAAGGCCAAGGAUGGCGCUGGUUCCGCCACCCUCUCUAUGGCCUAUGCCGGUUUCAGAUUCGCUGAGAAGGUUCUCAAGGCAGUCAAGGGCGAGAAGGGUCUUGUUGAGCCUAGCUACGUCUACCUGCCCGGUGUGCCAGGCGGUAAGGAGAUUGCCGAGAAGACUGGCGUUGACUUCUUUUCCGUUCCCAUUGAGCUCGGCCCUAACGGUGCCGAGAAGGCGAUUGACAUUCUCGGCAACAUCACGGAGAAGGAGAAGAAGUUGCUGGAGGCCGCCGUUGCGGGAUUGAAGGGCAACAUCAAGAAGGGUGUUGACUUUGCCCACAACCCCCCUCAAAAGCUGUGAAAUGGCGUUGAUCUCGCACAGUGUGUAGAUGACGAGCGUACGAUGUCAACUGGACUCGUGAUUUCGCGGUACGUACGGGGCAGAGGCGUCGGUGGUUUGGGAUAUGGCGAGAAAUCGGCGGCGGCGGUGUUUCCGCCUGCCUCAUCAGCCAACUUGGUUUAAUUGGAGUUAGACACCUUCGGAAUCAACUCAGAUUGACCGCAUCUUCAAAUAGAUACCUGCGGCGGCAGUAUCCCGUCAAGCCCAUGAUUUGCUUUGUUUGUGCUCGU